AUGUGAUUAUGGCGUGAGUGUGCAUCAAUCUCAAAGAAAAGGACGGUCUGAAUGUUAUCGACGACCGACUGACAAAAGAAACAUUCGUUAUUAUGUAUCAUUAAGUGAGUGCAAGGUACUGCCAAACACAUUGUACUCGUAAAUGUACAACUAAGGUGACUGAGACGAAUUCUACAAUAAAUGUGUAAUAUAAAGAAAUGAAUUAAAGUCACCAGUGAUAUAGUUUCCAGCAAGAAAAAUGGACGAAGAUCUAAUAGAAACGGCAAUUGGACGCUUUGGAAAAUAUCAAACAUGGAUUUUGUUUUUAAUAACAGUGGGGAGAUUCCCAGCAGAAUAUCAAUUAAAUAAUGUAGUGUUUAUUAUACCUUACGUAGAUUACAAGUGCUUAGACAACAAUGUGACCAAUUACUGUCCAUGUGCGAACCCGGAAUAUGACACAAGUACCAUUGUGAGUUCGGUGACUACUGAAUGGAACCUCAUAUGCAACAGGACAUAUUUGGCAAGUUUAGCACAAUCGAUGCUGCAAGUUGGAAUAUUGGCAGGCAGUUUGCUGUUUGGAUAUUUCUCUGACAGAUGUGGUCGAAAAUCCGUUGUAGUAAUAUCAAUAUUUUCCGAAGUAGUAUUCGUAGUAAUCUCUGCAUUUGUACCAUAUUUCUGGAUGUUUUUGGUCUGCCGCUUCUUGAUUGGCGCAUCUCUUGGUGGAGUGAUGCUGUGCUGCUAUAUACUACUUAUUGAAUUAUGUGGAAAAUCAUUUAGGCCAUACGCUUCAGGCCUAUCAGAAUUGCCAUAUAUACUCUCUUAUUUUGCACUCCCCGUCAAAGCAUACUUUGUGAGAGACUGGAGGAAUUUACAACUGGUAACCGCAGUACCUUGGGUCAUAACUAUUGGAUAUUUCUGGUUAAUGCCGGAGUCUCCACGCUGGUUAAUCACAGUGGGACGAAAGAGGGAAGCUGUUGAAACUCUCACCUACAUCGCUAAAAAAAAUGGUCUACCAACGAAUAACAUCGAAGAUAUUGUUGAAAAAUUGGAAUUAGAAAUCAAGAACCAACAAAAGACUGGCAAUUUUAUAGAUCUCUUCAGAACACCAAAAGUAAGGGCUUACACAUUGAUAGCAGCAUUCGUUUGGAUGUUUUGUUCCCAUACGUUCUUCGGGAUCAAUCAGUACAUAGGGCGACUGCAAGGAAAUAUAUACAUAAAUGUGCUUUUGUCUGCAGCGUGCCUUAUACCAGGUUUAAUUAUAGUAGUAUUGACUAACUUAUAUUUAAAAAGAAGGAUAAGUGUUAUAUCUAGUUUCGCCACCGCAUCGAUAUCUUUAUUAAUAUUUAUCGUCAUUCCUAGUGAUAUAAGAGUAGCAACACUAGUUUUUGCAAUAAUAGGUCUAACAGCAGCUUACAUGGCUUUUGUUCAAAUAUAUUUAUAUUCGUCAGAAAUAUUUCCAACCGUUAUUAGAAAUUCAGCGAUAGGUUUUGCGUCUAUGUUUGCUAGAUUUGGAGGGUUUAUUGCUCCCUUUGUUGUAAAUAUUGGUAUAGAGUGGGUGUCUAUUCUUAUAUUUAGUGGUGUAGCCCUUGCAGCCGCAAUACUAUGUUAUUUUCUACCUGAAACUAAAUCGAUCACUCUUCCCAAUACUAUUGAGCAAAGAGAGAAGCCGAACGAAUAUGUAAAUAGUUAAUAGGUACAUUUAAAA